AUGAGUUUCCCCUUCAAUUCUGGUAGUAAAUUUGAUUCUGAUGCUACAAAAAUAGGCCAGAACAAGUCAGUUACUAAUAACAACUCGUCUAUAUUGGAUGCCACACUCCACACCAAACCUUAUGUGGAAAAUUCUACAUCGUCACCCUUAACUUGCGACGAAAAUUACUUAUCCUGUGAAACACAAAGCAUCCCCUCUGUACGUCUGAGUAAACGCUCUUUCAAAGAACAAGCAAAUAGAUUGAGAAAUUACUCUCUUGGAGAAGCAUUUAUUCCUAAUAGCAGCAGCAACAACAACAAUAACAACAAUUUUGAUAUUGGUGGAAGAAGCUAUGUCAGCAUGAGCUAUAGAAGACCAAGUUUUAUGGCAAAUUCAAAUUCGCCGCAAAUCAAUACUGGAGUAGAAGUUCAUGAACAAACUGCAAAUUUGGCAAAUAUUGCUGUUGUCGAUGGCGAGGCGGAUGAGCUCGAUAAUCUACCAGAAAACAGUGAAGAUCUGGAUCAAGAUGGAUUCGCCGAAGAAGUAUUUACCCAUUCUAAAACUGAGCCUAAGCCUAUAUUCUCAAAGUCCAUUACUAGUAAUGCAAAGCAAAAAUCAAAACAGUAUCCACCCUUGCUACCGGGUUCUUCCAGCUAUAAACCCUACACUGAUGAUGAAGACAUACAUAGAGACGAAGCUGUUGAAGGACGUUUUCCUUUACAAUUAUCCAGAAAAGACUUUGCAUCAGAGGAAAGUUUGUCCUCGGUUGUUUCCAUGACAAACUCAAACUCAAACUCAACGCAUGAAAAGAAACCACAACCAAGUAAAUUACAUCAAUUUUUAACAAAACCCUUCCACUACCUUCCAGCAGUAUUUCUAGGCACGCUAUUAAACAUUUUGGAUGGUUUAUCGUAUGGUAUGAUUAUGUUUCCUAUAAGUGACCCUAUUUUUGCAGCAUUGGCACCUGCUGGUUUAUCAAUGUUUUAUAUUUCAUGUGUCGUGUCGCAAAUGGUCUAUUCUCUAGGUGGAUCUGCGUUUAAAGCAGGUAUCGGAUCUGAGAUGAUUGAAGUUACUCCAUUUUUCCAUAACAUGGCAUUUGCCAUAUCUAAAUUUAUGGCUGAUGAAGGAGACGAUGCAAUCAUUGCAACUACUAUAGCAUCAUAUGCCGUUUCUUCAAUUGUUACUGGUUUGGUCUUUUACCUUUUGGGAAAGUUAAAACUUGGUGUCUUGGUGGGUUUCUUUCCCAGACACAUUUUAGUUGGAUGUAUUGGGGGUGUUGGAUACUUUUUAAUUGCAACGGGCAUUGAAGUUUCUUCAAGAUUAGAAGGGGGGCUUUACUACAAUUUUGAAACUUUCAAGUAUUUGUUUUUCAAUCAUAUCACAUUUCUUCAAUGGACCAUUCCAUUGUUGUUGGCAGCGGUGUUGAUUAUUUUACACCACAAGAUACAUAAUUCGUUGUUGGUUCCAUUAUACUUCAUUGUGGUUUUUGUAUUGUUCCAUUUGAUAGUAGCUUUGAUUCCAUCGUGGAAUUUACAAGACGCUAGAGACAUUGGAUGGAUCUUCCCUGCAGUGGAAAGUAAACAGCCAUGGUAUCAAUUUUAUGAAUUGUACAAGUUUAGUUUAAUCGAUUGGUGGUGUUUAUUUCGUCAACUUCCUACUAUGUUGGCAUUGACAUUUUUCGGGAUAUUGCAUGUUCCUAUUAAUGUUCCAGCAUUGGCUGUUUCUGUUGGAAUGGAUGAAGUAGACGUUGAUAGAGAAUUGGUUGCUCAUGGUUAUUCCAAUGCAAUCUCAGGCUUGUUGGGAUCGAUUCAAAAUUAUCUUGUUUAUACAAAUUCCGUAUUAUUUAUUAGAGCAGGGGCAAAUGAUAGAUUGGCUGGGAUUAUGUUGGCCGUUGCGACUGCUGCAGUAAUGAUUGCAGGUCCGGGGGUAAUUGGCUAUAUUCCAGUUUGUGUUGUUGGAGCAUUAAUUUAUUUAUUAGGUUAUGAGUUGUUAAAAGAGUCUGUGUGGGAUACUUGGGGCCGUUUAAGACCUAUUGAAUAUGCUACUAUUAUCAUCAUAGUUGUUACCAUGGGUGCAGUUGAUUUUGUUGCUGGUAUUGGAAUUGGUAUCUUGUUGGCAUGUUUAUCAUUUGUGGUUGAGGCAGGAAGAACGCCAGUUGUUCAAGGUAUAUAUUCAGGGAAUGUGGCAAGGUCAACAGUUUUGAGACAUCCAAAACAACAGGAAUUUUUAAAGAAUGUGGGUGAACAAAUUUGUAUUGUUAAGUUGCAAGGCACUAUAUUUUUUGGUUCCAUUGGUGGUGUUGAGAAGGAAAUAAGGACCAUUUUUGAAAAUGAUAAGAAAGUAAAGAAAAUAUCCAUCAGAUAUUUGAUUAUUGAUAUGAAAGGAGUGAUAUCAAUUGAUUUUUCGGCAGCCGAGGGAUUUAGAAGGAUUUUGAAUUUGACUAAUGAAUUUAGAACGCAAUUGAUCAUCUCGUCUGUGAAAGAAGAAGAUGACAUUGUUAAGGGAUUGAGAGAUGCAGGAUUAUUCGACAACAAUGAUCCGCCAAUUGAACUCUUUAGUUCAUUAAACUAUGCCCUAGAAUGGUGUGAGAAUACGUUUUUGAAGACAUAUAAAUCAUUGAAAAAGAAACAUGUUGGUAGUGGAAGUUUUGGCGGGAUGAAUGCGCCAACUCAUACAUUGUCAAGAAUUGUUCCCGAACCGAAAAGUCAGCCAAUAGUUAAUUGUACUGAUAGGAACAAUUCCUUUCAGUCUCCACCAUCAUUUGGUGCUAGAUUGUUUGGAUUUGGAUCAAAUGAAUUUGGCACACCACGAACGAAACAAGUCCUUCAAGCAGCAAGCAAAACUGUUUACGACGAACACAACACACAAUGCUUAUACAAUUCGUCGCAAAAUGAUAUUUUUGCAAAGCAGCCUUUAUCAUUAAUGAUGAUUACCUUUCAGGGCUUAUCCAAAAAGGAUGCAGAAUUUUGGACUUUGUUAGCAUCGUAUAUCGUUAAAGAACAAAUCCCUCAAGGUAUACAAUUUUACAAUACAUUGACUGAUGAACCCAGUUUGUUUAUUGUUGAAAAGGGGUUGAUUCGUGCUAUUUACAAAUUUGAAAACGAAGGAAGAGAACUACACAGCAGUAUUGUGCCACUUGUGGCGUUUGGCAAUUUAGAUGAUGUUAGUCAGUAUAGGCAAAUUACUUAUACCACAGCUAAGGAUUCAGUAGUGUGGAAAUUAACAAAACUGAAAGGAAAGGAAAUGGUUAAGAAGAAUGGUUCAAAAGGUGAAGCUAUCUUCCUUGAGUUAUUGGAAAUUGAGUCUAAACUAAUAAGAGAGAGAUUUGAUACAAUGACUGCCAAUUUGUUAAUAUCCGGUUGA